AGGAAGUCUCCACCUCUUCUGGCAGCUUGCAGCGGUAGCUGCCCAGCUCCGUCCGAGCUGUCAGCGGCGCGGGGGGCUCCGCCGCGCAGGCAUUCCGGCGAAGCGGGGGCCGAGCGGCGGCCGCUCGGAUCCGAGUCCUGCCGAGAGAGACACGGGGGUGGGGGUGUGGUUAAUGAGCCCCCUCGCCCCGCUGUCCCUCCUGGCGGGCGGCACGAAGGCAGAAUAACCGCGGAGCUCCGGGGCAGCCUGUGCUGGGUCCCCCACUCUCCCCCCACACACACCUGGGCAGAUGAACGUCUAAGGGCUCCUACUAGCCCCCCAUGGCUCCGCGGCUUCCCCGCAGGGCCCCGCUCCACUGAGCAUCGGAGCCAGCGACCUGCCCCGGCCAGCCAGCGGGCUCCGUUCCUCCUCGGCGGGCAGGUGGGAAGGAAGCCGGCUGGAUACCACCAUGGGCCAGUCCUGGUGCUUCAUUGGGCUGCUGCUAGCCUAUGCAUCUGGAAAGAAGCUAUGGGACGUGCCUGCCUCUCAGGCUCAGCAGCACAGCACUGGAAAACUGCUCUGGGAGCCACAGUGCCAGUACCAACUGCGCCACCUACAGGACAGCGCUAGAAUUUCAGCUCUUCUGCCUCCCCGGCUGGAAGGUCAUUGGAUUUCUACAGGCUGUGAGGUACGUCCGGGACCGGAAUUCCUCACCAGAUCCUACCUGUUUUACUCCAACCGCUUGUUCAAGGCCUAUCAGUUCUACUACUGGGACCCCUCCUGCCGCCAUCCAUCCCACUCCUUGGUCAUCAAAGGCAAGCUCAGGCUGCGCCAGGCCUCCUGGAUCACCCAAGGGGCAACUGAGGCAGACUACCACCUGCACAAAGUGGGUAUUGUUUUCCACAGCCAGAGGGCCAUGCAGGAGAUUUCUGCCCGGAUCAAUCAGACGUCAGGAGGGGGCUGCAGUGGAUUCUUUCCACCUGGACGGUCCUGGGCUCCCGGAGUCCUCUACGAGGUGCUGAGUGCCAAGGAGGGGCGGGAUUGCACCACAGCCCUGGGCUUUGCCAUGCAUGAACUCAGUCUGGUGCGGGUGGAGAAGCAUUACGAGCCCCUGCUGCAAACUCAGCCGAGUGGCAGCAGGACGGUGGAGGAGCUGUACCUAGGGGACAUUCACACCAAGUGGUCUGAGAGGCUCCAUUAUCGACCAACGGGAUAUCAACGCCCUUUGCAGAGUGCUGUGCAUCACGUGCAUCCUUGCCCUGCUUGUGGGAUUAUAUACAGAUCUGAUGAACACCAUCCACCUAUCUUACCAGCUAAAGCUGAGCUGCCGAUGCAGUUAAGUGGCAGGUGGGUGAGUGCUCAUUGUGAAGUCCGGCCAGCUGUGCUUUUUCUUACCAGGUACUUCAUAUUUCAUGGCACCAAUCGCACCUGGGAAGGGUACUAUUAUCACUACUCUGACCCACUCUGCAAGCAGCCUACUUUUACCAUCUAUGCAUCUGGGCACUACACCAAGGGCAUCCCAUCCUCCAUAGUGAGAGGAGGUACAGAGCUGGCAUUUAAAGUGACCUGUGCUCGGGUUACAGCAAUGGAUCAGGUAACAGUGACUAUGCUAAACUCCUCAGAGCCAGGGACCUGCGGGGAGACCGGCUCCUGGAGUGCCGGGAUUGAGCAGGAUAUAACGCUGACCAAUGGGUGUCUGGCUUUGGGCAUCAAGCUGCCCCACACAGAAUAUGAACUCUUUAAAAUGGAGCAAGACAUGAAAGAUCGGAGCUUGCUGUUCAUCGGCGAAAGGCCCACAGACGGAUCCAGCCCUGACAGACCUGAGAAGCGGCCCACCUCAUACCAAGCACCUCUUAUUCAGUGUGCCGGGGCUACUGGGGUCUUUUCUAAAUACAUCAGUCCAAGCUACCUAGGAAAAGAGGAUAAUAACGGGAAUGAAGCACUAAAACCUUUGCCUGUGACCUUUUUAUUGUCACUUAUGGCAAUGCAGUUUUUAAGAUGGGACUAGAUGAGUCCAGCUGUUUGCUCAGGUGCAGCACAGAAUUCAGACACGGGGUGCUAAGACAAUUUUAUACCCUCUUUAGAUAAGCACAUCUGGAAUCAGUUUGCUUAGAUUCUGUACACAUUAAAAACAAAAUGGACAAAACAAGAGGGUUUCCCUGCAUAACAUGCCUGAUUAUGUACGAUGUGUACUGUGCGUAUAUUUCCUAAUUGACAUUCAUUGGGCAUAAAUCUAAUGUAGUGACAUGGACACAUUGCAAACUGUCAGGUAAUUUAGCAAUACUAAAAAGACGUGUUAAAUUAGAACUGCUGAUUCUAGCCUGCAGCAUUGCUAGGAUAUAAUUGAGGGCUCCAGUCACACAAAAGUCCAGUUUCCAAAGCUUUGAGGGCUCAUUCUCUCAAACUGAUUCUCCCCCGCCCCUCACUUACUGCUCCUGUAAAUUCAUGUAGCUGGCUUUGGCAAGGGCUCUGGAUCAAUCACUGAAACUCAUACCAUACAAAGAAAAGGAAUACUUAUGGCACCUUAGAGACUAACAAAUUUAUUUGAGCAUAAGCUUUCGUGAGCUACAGCUCACUUCAUCGGAUGCAUUCAGUGGCACUGAAUGCAUCCGAUGAAGUGAGCUGUAGCUCACAAAAGCUUAUGCUCAAAUAAAUUUGUUAGUCUCUAAGGUGCCACAAGUACUCUUUUUCUUUUUGUGAACACAGACUAAGAUGGCUGCUUCUCUGAAACCUGUCAUACCACACACACACACACACACACUCUCUCUCUCUCUCUCACAAUCGCUCUUCCUUGAGUUCAGGAAGAGCUCUCCGUGGCAGACUGAUGCCAUCCUUGCAACCUACAGUUUGCAAGCUCUGCUUUCUUGUUGUGUGCAUGUUAGCUUUCCCAGGCUCUGGGCUGUGAUGGUCCCAGUUCACAAGCAACAAUGCGUGAGACACAAGUGACCCUGCCACCCCGCUUUUUCUGUUACGACCUUGCCUCUGUCAUAUUACACUGACUGCAUAAGGGUUGGAUUCACUCUGUUCCACCUCUCUGUGUUAUCACGUAGCCCAAAUGGUCUGAGACAUGACCAGCCAAUUUAUGACUGUACCACUCACCAGGGAGACACAAGCAUAGGUGCAAAAAGACACUAUACCGACCCUGCGUUACCUCUGCCCCCACUUUGGCACAAUCCCUUGUGCGUUUGCUGGUGCAUUCCCUUAACAAGAGUCAUCAAUCCAACUCUGGCUUAGAUCUCAAACAUAAAAAUGCCAAACAAGUGCAAGGAUAACGUGAUAAACUUGACUCAAGUAAAUUAAUCUGAGGGGUGCAGUGACAGACUAUAAUCAGACACCACAGUCAAGUCCUGGCUAAUUUCUGCCUACAAGGAGAGCAACGUAUGGAAUUAUAUUCCCUAGCCUACUGUAGCUAAGAGGACACCUAACUCGAAGACACCUUGUGAUAGCUAAAUCCUCUUCACCUAACCCUAUGUAUCUUAUCUGAAAAGGAUUUUUUAAACCAACUAUGCAAUAGCUACAUUUUUAGUGCCGUAUGUACAAAACUGAAGCUGUACUUAGGGCUUGUUUACACAGGGCCAUUGAGGAAAAUUAAUCCAAGUUAACUAACCGUGUAUUUGAAGUAGGUUAGUUAAACUCCACUGUGAACAUCUGCAUUCAGAAGUAAAUUGGCUUUAAUAUGUUUAGUUUAAUUCACUUCCAAAAUGAAUUAAGAUAAACCACAUUAAAGUCACUUUAAUUCUGAACAACAGCAUCCACACAAGGAUUUAAUACCACUGAACUAAUCCAUUUAAAAUUCACGCCAUUAGAUAAUUUUUUCUGGCUGGCCUCUGGUAGACAACCCCUUAGACAAUUUAUGGGUUUUAUAAGUUUUGGGGACUGUGGACGUUAACAAUUGAUUCAUACACAUUUAACAAGCAUCUCUUCUAGUAGUUUUUUCAGCAUGUUAUCACAUGCCUGCCACAGAAAGUAUCAUGUACAUAUCUUCCAAAAUGCUUUCUCUGUUUAAAGAUUACUAUGUUUUGAUGCCUGCUAUGUACAAGUAUCCAAGGUCAAAUGCAUAUGUUUAAAAAGGAACCAUAUGAGUGCAAUGAUUGUAAAUCUAAUUUCCUAUACUUUUUUCUUGGGUGCAAUGGAAAGUUUGCAGUCUGCUCAACCACUUCAGCAUAUCAAAGGAGAAAGUCAUUUUGAUAUUCCCAAAAUAAUGACAAUGCUCUUUUUCUUGUAGUUUAAGGAUUAGACUUUUUAGGUUUGUCUCAGUACAUGAAACCUUUUUUUUCCAACAACACUUAAAUUUUGCAACUCAAGUAACUGAUCCAGGAGAGCCAGGAUGAUGUAGCUAACAAUUAGACACGACAAAUAUGUCCAAGUUUUUAUUCCUUGGUACCUCGAACAGAACAGAAUCUGCUAGCACAAUGCUGAUGCACCGAUUCACUAAUGGCUUAGAGGAAAGAGGGUUGCUACUUUCAUCACCACAACUGCCACCUUCUGCAACAGCCAGGGAUUUCUUUGGUGGCCUCCCUCCCAAGCACUGCUCAAGUCUGAUACUGUUUUGCUGGUGAGCUUUGAUGAAGUCCUAGCCUGAGCUACUCAGGGAAGUUCUAAAUUCAGGCUCAAAGUCAUCAGUGAGUUUUGUAUGCAAAUACCACCAGUUGCAGGCACAUAUAUUUACAUAUGCAAGUUGCAUAAUACUGUCGCUAUGUACACUUUUAAUCACACUUGACGAUGUGUUCGGAGACUAUAGCAAUGGGUGUAGUAUAAAAACCUGGACAGUCAGUCUCAGGCAUGGUGGCAAGACUACAAUUACAUGACAAAGCUACAAAAGUAAACUUGGUACCAUCGCAGACAAAUGCACUAAAGGAAUCUGGUACAUAAAUUAGUGAAAUGUUUAUACUAGGAGCACCUCCAACUCUAUUCCCAUAGGCUUAUCCACUUCACCCUUCAGGGAGUCAUUGCCAACAAAGCUCUACAGCAUUCCUGUGGAGAGAACAUCUGGAUCCGCUUACCAAUACCUGCAGCAGCGAUGAGGUUUAUUGGCUGUUUGGAGAGAGGCUUUACCCCUUCCCCUACCAAAACCCAGGCAGGAACCUUUUCACAACUGUUUUCCUUAUUUUUAAUGAAGGGGAGAGGGGUGGAGCCACAAAGAGAUUUCUGCAUAAAGGGAAAAAACUUGUGUUGGAUCUAGUUUUGGAAAGCCAUUCCCAAACUAUUCUGUAGUUUACUGUGAAUCAACAGUGAUUGUUUAGCAGACGCUUGCAGAAUCAGGCCUUGAAUUUGAAUGAAGUAAUACAUUCAUGUAUUAUCUUAUGUGACUGCCUGUAUAUCACAGGCAACUAAAUUUCACCACUGUAUUGAGCCUAAUAACUUGUAUGUGGCUAGAGUAUAUCCUCCAGAAAGGAAUCCAGACUUGAUUUGAAGACAUGAAGAAUCCACUUUCCUUGGCAGUUUGUUCCAAUGGUUAAUCACCCUCAUUUGUACAACUAUGUACUUACAUUCUGUUUGGAAUUGUCUGGCUUCAGCUUUCAGCUAUCAUACAAAGUGUUCUAACACCCCAAUAUUUACACACUAUAUACUCUCUUCUUUCAGAUGAGCUAAACAGACAGAGCUCUUUAAAUUGCUAACGCUAAGGCAUUUUCUCUCAUCCUCAGAUGUGGCUCUUCUGCACCCACUCCCAUUUUUCAAAAUCUAUUAAAAAAUAUGGACAGAACUGUACACAGUAAUUCAGCAUCCACCUCAUCAAUUCUAUAUACGGUGGUAAAUCACUUCCACACUCCUACUCACUCUUUCCUUGUUUCUUCAUCCAAAAAUUGCAUUAGACCAUUGUGCUACAACAUUACACUGGAGGCUUAUGUUCAGUUGCUUGAUCACUACCAACCCCUACAUCUUUUUCAGAGUUUCUUCCUUCCAGGGUACAGUUGCCCAUGUGGUAGGUACGGCUGUAUUAAAACAUUUUAUCUGAAUAGCCCAGACUACCAAGCAAUCCAGAUGGCUCUGUAUGUCUGCCCUGUCCUCAUCCUCAUUUACCAGUCUGCCAAACUUUGUGUCACUUAUCUGUGAGCAGCGAUUUUGUAUUUACUUCCAGCUGACAGAUAAAAAUGUUAACUAUCUUUGGGUCUAGUAUUUGUCCCUGUUGAACACCACUAGAAACAUCGCCCAUCUGAUAAUUCUCCAUUGCCAACUACUGGGAGCUCUUUCAAUUAGCCAGUUAUCCAUUUAACAUAUGCUUCAUUGAUAUUGUAGAGUGCUUAUUUUUUAAAUCAGAAUGUCAUGCAGUAUUAACAUGUUACAAGAGUCUAAUUGUAUUACAGCUACAGAGUUUUUAUCUACCAAGUUUGUAAUCUCAGAGUUAAAUCUAUUUUGUUUGACAAAAUCUAUUUUCCGUAAAACUUUGUUGACUGGCAUUAAUUUAUAUUCCUAUCAUUUAAUUCUUUAACUGAUUCCUGUAGCAGCUUUUCCAUUAUUUUGCCCAGGACAGAGGUCAGGCUAAUUAAUCAAGAGUUACUCAUGUCAUCUUGCCUGCCUUUUUUGAAUACUGGCACAACUGUAUCCCUCUUCCAGGCUUCUGGAAUAUCCCUUGUAUUCCAAAAUUUAUUAAAAGUGAUCAACAAACCAGAUCUCUUUAGCCAACAUUUAGGACUCUUGAAUGCAAUUUAUUCAGCACUUGCUAAUCAAUAUCUCUAGCUGUCAUAAUGAAAUCCAAAAUAGAACCCCCACACAUUGGGUACAAUAAAUACUGCGAGUGUUAGAAAAAGCAGUCUCACAUGGAAAAGAACAAUGGCAACUAACUACUGGAUUUCUUUCUUCUUAAACAGCUGCUUUCAAUUGUUUAAAAAAAAAAAUCAAGCAUUUGGGAGAGUCAGGACAUUUCAAAGGGCAUUUAGGCACAGAAAGAAAGUCCGUAAGAGUGGACUUUUGUGUUUUUGAAAAAAAUCAACCCCUUUUAAAAAUUUUGUAUGUUAAAAUUUUUUGUACAUCUCAGCUUUUUUUUUUUUUUUAAAAAAAAGGUAUACAUGCAUUUUUUAUUCCUCAUGCAUUAUUAGUUACUUUCUAUAUUAACAUCUGUUAGUAUGAAACUGUUCAUGCCUUCUUAUUUUAACAGGAGAAGAUAUUUAUUAAAGUUGCUUUUCUAAAUUCCUGUUUUUCCAGUGGUAUGUGAAAACACUUAGUCUGGGCUGAAACUUGGACAACAAGUUCUUAAACUGGGAUCUAUGUUUCUUCCUCACCAGUCCAAUUAAAAAGUAGUUUCCUGUCAACUAGCUACCUUUAUGUCUUCCAUUUUUAAAUUGCUUUGGGAUGUGGUUGUGUUUUAAAAAAAAAAAAAAAAAAAAAAAAAAAGACUUAGCACUCCCCUCCCCAAUUCUCAAAUAAAAAUCAGCUACCAAACAAAAGUUAAAGUAAACAAACCUGGGCAUUCUGAGAUAAACUUGGAUCAUGGUGAACAAAAACCACUACCACUCACAUGGUGUCUUUAGCAUUUUCUUCGUAAGACAAAUUUUACAUUGAAUAUGGACAGCACAUAAAAUUAUUGAGUUUAAAUACUGAGAGGGUAGAUACAAAAGUUUGCACAGCUUUCACUGGAACAUUACAGAACAAGUUGAAGGAACAAAGCUGUAAAAUGGUUAUAUUAGGUCUCAAGGUGGAGACAGUGAAUACAGUUAACAUUUUUCAGAAGUGCUUACGUGACGUAGGACCUUAACUCCCAUUUUCAAGAGACUCAGGCCCUUAGAGGUCUCAAUCCCAUUGACUUUCAAUAAGAUUUAGAUUCCUAGAUGCCCAAGUUUCUUUUUAAAAUGGAGGUUGGUUCUAUGUCACUUAGAGCUUUGGAACAUUUUACUAAUAUUCUCCUUCAUUAGGACUCAUGUAGCUAUACAACAAUUACUCAGUUUGUUAGAUAAUUCUAGACCAGUGAUACUCAGACUGAGGCUCAGGAGCAGCAAGGGGCUCUUUAAUACGCCUCUUUGCCGCACAUAUUAAACACUGAUUUAAUUAACCAAUCAGGAUGUGUUUACUAUGUUAACCAAUUGUAGAAUACUUGGUCAGUCAUUUUGCUGAGAGAAUUAAUUAUAUAAAUAAAAUAGUAAAUGAAACAAUGAAUUCACACUACUGUGGCUCUUUUGGGUAAUGUUGAUCAUUAAUUUGGCUCCUGAACCGCUGAGGUCUGAGUAUCACUAUUCUCGAAUGAAAUUCUCGCUCUGGUGAAGACAAUGGUGAAACUCAUUCAGAUGAGUGGAGGCAGGAUUUCAACCACAGUGUAUAAGAAACACUCAUCCUGUUUUAGCAUGGCCAACUUUCAACAGCUAUCAGAAAGGAAAACACAUGCCAGCCUGCUUAGUGCGGAUGAGCGAAUAGAUUUUCCAGUUCACAGGCUCAUCAGAAGGGGAAAAAAAAAAAAAAUCUAUUUGAAUUUAAAAUCGAACCAAUUACAAAAAUUCAUUUCAAAUUGACCAAAACACCAAGGUGACCCAAAUUUGAAUUUUGUUUUUUUAAUUUGAUGUCACCAAAAGGUUUCAAUUAACCCACAACAAUUUUUCAUUUUGAUUUGGCCAUUCUGGAUGCUUGUCACCUUUGUAUGUCUUUUUUUAAAAUUUAAAAUCAAAACAAAACAUCAAACUGGUCAAAAUGAAACACUCCUCCCCAAAAAAACCUAUUAGUUGAAUUUGAACUGUAUUGGCAAAUAGUUCUGGACCCCCAAAAAUGCAUUUUCAGAACCCCCCCCCAAAAAAACCUUAGUUGAAAAAAAUUCAACCUGCAGCUAUGACCUCAGUUCUUAUUCCUGGCUCCAUCAUGCCCCUGCUGAACAAUCACUUCAUCUAUCUGUUUCUCCUCUCAACAUUUGUCAGUCUUUUGACUUAGACUGUAAGCUCUUUGGGGUAGGGAGUCUCUCACUAAAUGUCUGUACACAAUGUAGCCCUUAUCUUGCCUGGCAACCAAAAUUCUGGCAUUUCCUACCUUUGGAGUGCUUGACUUUGCAACGUUAAUGUUCUUUUAAUGUAGUUUUGUGUAUAGCCUUCAAUUCUAAAGUGAAGACUAUACGAUAACUAGAUCAUUCCUUGAGUUUUCAUAGCCAAGGAUGAAAGUUGUAGGACCAUACAGCCAAGAAAUUUAACUCCACAAAUAAGAAUGAAUUGUGGUGUUGACUUAGAGCGUAAACAGAGAUACCAGAUGCACAUCUGCUCCGGGUAUGUAGCUGUAAUUCAUUAAAAAAAAAAAAUCCUUUUCACCUCCUUCAUUUUCCUAUUUGGGGGUCCAACAACAGUAGAUGACACGAUACAAGAUGAAAAAGCGUAAUUUGUUAAAAGGAAAACAGCCUGUUUUGCAUUCCUGGGUUCAGGAUUACAUUCGAUAAGUUUAUCGCAAAACAGAGGCUUCAGUGUAAGCUUUGGUCAGGACUGGGGGCACAAUAGAUCUACAUCAAAAUUCAUUUUUCAAGGGAACAUUUGCAGGUAGUUUAUACAGGAAGCGAGAUCAUAGUAAAUGGCAGAGUAUGGUGGAGUUAAUGAUCUAUGCACAAUAAUUGCAGUUAGUCUUCAAAUGAAUGACUACAGCAAUGGGGAAAUGGUUUGUAUCAGGUGUAAUAGGUUCCUGGGUGGCUCUUACUUAGAGGUACUAGAACCCUUAGCUUCACCCAAUAAUAAAAUCAGCCUAUUCAUAAAACAGCUCUUUUAUGGUUAAGCUACUCUGGGUGGCUGAAGCACACAGUUACUUUGUUCUUUACAGCUAAUCAAAACACAAGUCAGUAAUGGUACAGUGAACAGUGUCACUUCAAUACCAACAUCCCUUAGAACAAGUGAUUAAAUAUACAUCAAUCUGUGGGUAUAAUACAAAGUAAUCUUAAUCGGACACUGUCAAAGCAUGUGUCUCAAAGCCCUCUAUUUAGCAGCAGGAGAUUAUUUAUGCUAGUGUUGUAUUCCAUUGUCAUCUUUUAACCAAGUCAAUCUUUAGCAUGACUAUGUUUCAAGCUACAUGAACGAUCAGUCACAGCAUGUUGUGAAAGUCACUUGUUCCUAUGAAGUGCCUGAUGGAUUUCUAUGAACAUUUUCUUAUGCGUAAAUUACAUUUUUAGAGAAGCACAUAUAAUUAUGCUAUUGCACAAUAAGCCACAACAGCUUCCAAAUGCAGUGCUGGAAGCAUCUCCUACACAAAUCACAGUAGAGGCUCUUUAUAAUAGUACUUCUGUAACAAAAUAAAAGGGCAUAUCUUAAAAUGGGCCAAUUUAAAACAAAACAAAACCGAGGAAUUGCUGUAACCCAGUACUCCCCAGCACCGCAUGAUGGUAGACUGGGAUGCAUUUCUCACUGUGCACGAUCAAGCACUUGUAUCUGAAAGUGAAAUUUAUACUCCACAUUGCUGUGUGCGCUUUCUGCUAAUGGCUGCCAGAGUUUAAAAAUUAAGGGAUCUAUUAUCAGUGUAGAAGUCUAAUAAUGUUUCUUAAAGGCAUACAGCUAUUCAAUACUUUAAAGCUUAGCUGCUUCAGGCCUGCCUUAUUUGUACUGGAAUUGUGCACACAACUCAAAAAUUGCAUACAGAAAUGCAUCUAAUCAGUUAUUUCAAUGUAUAAUUGUACACCUGCAUCAGUUGAAGUCUCCCCUUCACGUUUUCUGGAGUGCAGUCCUUACACACUUUACCUGAAAAUGAACACAAUUUACCACUUCUCUCUCAAACUGGGCAUCAGAGAUUUUCAAUAACAGCUGCAAACUUGGGUUGAAUUAGAAUGGAAAACCAGCUAACUCCAUGAUUCUAAACUGCUGCUGUGAAGUGGCACUGCUGUUAGCAGAGCCACCACAAACAUGGAAGUUCAGGAUGUUCUAUAUAGUCUUCAAAAAUCAAAUAGAGUGCAUACAUAUAGCGAAUACAAACAGCAGUCCUCAGGACAAGUUUCAUGAUGCUACAAUAAGCAAAAUGAGUAGCUUUGAAGUCUGAAAACACUGUCUUUAAAUUGGUCUAUUGUGCCUAAGAAUUAGGAAUGAUCUCCAGUUAAGAGGGACAAAAGGACAUUGUCACUCUUCUCUUUAGGAAAUAUGUUAACUAUAGAAUUCAAGCCACAAUUCUGAAUUCCCUUGUCUUUCUUGUAUUAAGAAUUGCAAUAUUAAACAUUUUAAGAUUGUAAAAUGCCAUUGUUAAGGUAUGCAGAUGCAAACAUGUACAACUGUAUAUACAUGUUAGCUGCCAAGGCAAGAUUUUUAUAAGAAUUCAGGUGUACGUGCGCAGAAGAUAUAAUCCCUUUAUAGUGUACUGGGGAGGAGAAACACUAACAAUUUGCAGAAUGGAUUUCAAAUUGUACUCCACUGGCAGCACUUCAGGAGAAAGAGAAUUAACACUGAAUACAAUCAGGCAUCUUACUUAAAAUUUCAUGUUUUUAGGGAACUACAUUACGGUAUACCAAUCCCUGUCACUUAUGUACUGAGCACUACCUUGUUCUCUAAUGACUAAGGCCAUCAAUUAAAAAUAAUUCCGCAUGUGAAAACAUGCACACAAAUUUGGUGCUUAACCUGCACAUGCAAUUGCUAUAGUUCUGCAUGUAAAUUAGGGGACUGCCAACGCAAAGGGACAAUUCUGAUCAUUUAUGCAUGGAAUCCCCUCAUUUGAAAACACGGGCCUCUGUGUGAAAAUAGGAAAAAGUUCCUUUGAUUUAUUUGCAUUCCACAGACUUCAUGGAAAAAGAUCUUAGUUUCCUUGCAGGUAAAUUUAAAACUUGUGUCUAAAGGGGAAAGAUUCCCAAGUCUACAAAGUGAAAAUUCUGAUUAGAGGCCUUUCCUGCUUCCACUGAAAUUAAUAGCAAAACCUCCAUGGGAAUGGGGCAUUCUAAGGGAUUAUUUUACAACCAAGAAUAGUUGGAUGGUUAAUUUUUAGAUUGUGGAUUCCACAGACAGAUUAAGCAGUAGUUUGCUUACACCUGGGUGUUAUAUCAUGGGUGUGAAAUUAUAGGUAUAUACACUAUGAACAUGAUUUAUAAACUUCAUGCUUUGCAUAGUUUUUAUAUAAUAAAGUUACACAUUCUUUCACUUCGACUCCUUUUCUCAUUUACAAAGGGUCAGAGCUGCCCACAAUUAUUUGCCACUCUUUCAAGUUCAUGGAAUGGGUUCAUAGGUCUUGCAGGUCCAGUCCUCUUCAAACUUCUCUUCAGUCUUUCCAUUGCAUCCUUAGUCUUCCAUGUCCUUUCCUGCUGUCCCCUAUAUUUUUAUAUAGCUUCUAGACAUCAGAAUACUUCACUUUCUACAAGUCUGAUGAAACAUUUCUUCAGAUGGCAAAGAAGUUUAUGAAGCAGUUUAAGGACAUAUUUCCAUAACGGGAAAGUUUCUUACCUGAAAGACAGCUCUAUCAGAGCCAUACCAGUAAAUACAGGUGUAUAGAGAGUGUCUUCUUCAAAGAGGGUGGAAAAAGGGGACACUGCAUUUGCAAAAGAAUACCAGUCUUUUUGAAAUUUUGAGAGAGUUUUCUGUCUCAAACAGGUGGGAAAAGAGUAGCUUUCUGUCCGACAGGCAGAUAAGAAGAAUUCAAUUGACACUGGCUAUCCUUUGCUUGGAUUGAUUUUUUGGAGGACCUGGGGGCUACACUAGACACUUCCAGGCUCUCGUUUGUUAGGCUGCUGUCAGGCAGGAUUUGAGAGACUUCAGAGUUUUGUUAAAUUAAGUUUUAAUAGUAACUUGAGUUAUUUGAGGCACUUACAGAACAGAGUGAUACUGUGGCUCAGGUAGUACCAUGGAAGACACCUGUCUGAUCAUAGCAGCCAGUACUGAUUUAUCAAUAGCUACCUACUUAGACUGUAAACUCCUCAAGGUAGGGAGUGUCUUUGUAUAGUGCCUAGAACAAGGGGAGAGGGUAAUCUUUGUUUGGGGUCCCCUAUGUACUAUGGUAACACAAAAAGUAAUAGAAGCAACUUUACUCAUAAAUUAUUUAAAAUGUUUUAAGUUUUCAGACAUUCGGAGGCAUGACCAUUAAACAAGCUAUGGCCUGAGGACACCAACAAACUCUUCUGGCUUUCUUCUCUAGCCAUAAAUCAUUUGUGCCAGCAAAGUUAAUUCUGAUGGAUAAGGUGCAUGACAGUUGCUCAAUGGACCAGCAAAAAAAGUCCAAAAAACAAAAACCACAACUCUUUCCCACCCCCCUCCAUAAAACAGCCACAAUGCUCCAAUGGCCACAGCCACCCAAAACAUUUGCGUUCAGUCUCUCUUUAGUCCAGAUUCUUCCCGAUACAUCCUACAAAGCCAUGAACGUGAAUUCUUCAGACAUCAUAUUUAUCCCAGUCUUUUAAAAGACAACUCUCCCUUUCAGAAUGCUUCCUGUGUUGGUCAGUCAUUUUGGUUAACAGAAGUUGAAGAGUUUCAGGAGGCUUCCAUUAGUUACUGGUCCCCUAAAGAGCAAAGCUGUAGCCUUUUAAAUCCUUGUAUAAUCAUGCCCCCUCCUACCUUGCUGAUCUCACUACUUCCUACCUUCUCCCUCUGCACUGUAUCCAACCCAUCUUGCACUCAUGCAAAAAAUGGAGACUAUAAUUGCUUUGGCCCUACCAUAUUGAACAGACUUGACUCUGGUCUAUCUUCACAUCCUGUCUGAAGAUGCACCUCUUCCUGUUUUUGUCGGCAGUUCUACAAAAAGUCUCCACAGAAACACGUACAUACCCAGAGGACACGUUGGGAUUGUACUUGACCUGCAAGGAUAUCACCGGAAAAUUCUGCUCAUCUGCACAAAGUAGGGCAGAGGCAACCAUUUGAUAGAUAAGUAAAUGUUCAUUAGCAUUUUGAUUAUUAUGGCAAGGGUGGAAAAGUAGACGGCAGCAAAAAUCUACCAACCCAAGCCCUCCCCCGCCAGCCUUAUUUAGGAAUAACACAAAAUAGAAAGGGAAGCCAUCUUUUUAAGGUGUGCGAAUAAGCUUCAAUCUAUUGCACAUCUUAAUCUGAUGGCUUCUGAAAUUGGAAUCCAAGAAAAAUUAUAUGGGUAGUUGACUGAAAAGAAUGUGUCAUCUACAGAUCAUGCUUGAAUAUAGUGAAUAUACAUGCCUUAUAGUUAGUAUUAUUAAUAUUACUGCCUUAUAGUAACAUUACUAUUAAUAGUAUUAUUACUGUUACUAAUAUUACUGCCUUAGAGUGCCACUUGUAUAAAUUCUCAGGCUUACUGACUCCAACCACUGAAGACUGAAAAACAGCAGAGGAUACCUAGUAAAUAAACAGACUGACAAUGUGGUUAUUCUAAACAUCAGUAUUCCAUCAAUGUGCUUCUCUGGAGAUUGGUUCUGUAGACUAAAAUGGGGCUGGAGGAAACAGUGUUGAGAUAAGGCUAGCAAUUUCCUGAUGCCGUACAUAAGCUUCAUCAAAAUGACUAACUGCAGGUCCUUUAAAAAAAAUUAAUUGACUUUGACAAAAGUAACGAAAUGAACUUUAAUCUCUGGGCUUUAUUUUUUUUUUUUUUUUUUUUUUUUUUUUUUUAAGAUGCUACAUAGUCAAACAGGAUUGGUCUUUUUACGGCAUAGAACUAGUUUACUACUAAUUUUUUUGCUAGAUAGACUUAUUUAUUUACAUACAAAAACAGUUUCCUGACUGCUGUUUCCCCAAUGUUUAAGUGAUCAAAACAAUUACAUAGUGCCCAAAACAUGAGGGGGCAGAAGAAUCUCGCAUCGCUACAGCAGUAAUUUUUUAGUUCUAUCCACUGGUUUUAGAACAGGUGCCUUUUUAUACCAUAGGAUUAGUCAAUAUGUGACAAUAAGGAAACAUGAGAUGAAAUACAUUAAAUAAGUUAAAUAUGCAUUAAACAUCUCUGAAUAACAUUUCAAUUCAACUAAAUGAACCAACAGCAAUGUAGCUUGGUCCCUUUAAGAGAACAAGGCAUUGACCUUUAUUCGAAAUGAGUGUCAUACCAGUCAAUAUAUGCCUCUUAAUGAUGCCUAGCACAUUCAGCGCUGCCACAUAAAUUAAUAGUGAGAAGCUGAAAAGAAUUGUAAGUGCCAAUGAAUUGUUAAUUUGCACGGAGUUGAAGACACUAACAAACUGUUAACUUUAUGAGCAGAAUGGUGGAUCAACAUAUUUUACAGAAGUUAUCAACCCCUCCUGCCUAACCCAGCUCCAAACAUCCAAAAGGGCCAGCUCCAGCAGUGGAAGAAUAAUUGGGUUUUUUUUU